UAGCCCGUGCCGCAGGGAGGAGCUGCGGGCUCCCGCCGCGCCGGCCCGAGCGCGCCGCCGGCGCCAUGCCCCGCAUAGAUGCCGACCUCAAGCUGGAUUUCAAGGAUGUCCUGCUCCGACCCAAGCGAAGCAGCCUCAAGAGCCGAGCCGAGGUGGAUCUCGAGCGAAGCUUCACUUUUCGGAACUCGAAGCAGACCUACUCGGGGAUUCCCAUCAUUGUGGCCAACAUGGACACCGUGGGGACGUUUGAGAUGGCAGUGGUGAUGUCACAGCACUCCAUGCUUACAGCAAUUCACAAGCAUUACACCCUGGAUGACUGGAAGCUCUUUGCCGCUAAUCACCCAGAAUGUCUGCAGCAUAUAGCCGUGAGUUCGGGCAGUGGGAAGAAUGAUCUGGAAAAGAUGAGCAGCAUCCUGGAAGCCGUGCCGCAGGUCAAGUUUAUUUGCCUGGAUGUGGCCAAUGGAUACUCGGAACAUUUUGUGGAAUUCGUGAAGCUCGUCCGGGCCAGAUUUCCAGAACACACCAUUAUGGCAGGGAACGUGGUGACGGGAGAGAUGGUGGAAGAGCUUAUUCUUUCAGGAGCAGAUAUAAUCAAAGUGGGCGUUGGACCAGGUUCCGUGUGUACCACCCGCACCAAGACGGGAGUGGGGUACCCGCAGCUGAGUGCUGUGAUCGAGUGCGCAGACUCGGCCCACGGCCUGAAGGGGCACAUCAUCUCGGAUGGAGGCUGCACGUGUCCAGGAGAUGUCGCCAAAGCCUUUGGAGCCGGAGCAGAUUUUGUCAUGCUGGGAGGGAUGUUUUCGGGCCAUACUGAGUGUGCUGGAGAGGUGAUCGAGAGGAAUGGACAGAAGCUCAAGCUGUUCUAUGGGAUGAGCUCAGAGACAGCGAUGAAGAAACACGCAGGAGGGGUUGCGGAGUACAGAGCCUCUGAGGGCAAGACCGUGGAAGUGCCUUACAAAGGGGACGUCAAGGACACUAUUCUGGACAUACUCGGAGGACUGAGGUCUACCUGCACCUACGUAGGGGCCGCCAAACUCAAAGAGCUCAGCAGGAGGGCGACGUUCAUCCGGGUGACCCAGCAGCACAACACCAUGUUCAGCUAACCUCGAGAUCAAGGACGAGACGACCUCCAGCCGCCGGAAGCGUCUGCACAGGCCUGCUUUCCCAUCCCCCUCCUCCUGGGACGGCAGAGGUUCCGGCUGAUCCCAGAAGCAAGGCACUUCCUGGGUCAGCGGUUGGAGCUUAGCUGCCCAGAACGUGUAACCUCCUUGUUAAAACUAACACUCACGCCUUUUUCUUUUCUUUCCUUUUUUUUUUUAAGAAAAUGGUUUCACUUUAAUAUAAUGCUAUGAAGACUU